AUGAGCAGCGGGCUGGUGCUGCGCACCCCGUUCCCCGAGGACGCCUUGGCAUUUACGCCGCUGAAGCCCGUCACCAUGUCGGGGGAACCCGGCGAAGACGCCCCCGUCUUUGAGGACAUCAAACCCCCCGCCCGGCCCCUGGAAAAACCGCCUGACCUGGCGCGGCUGCACCCCAUGAGGAUGGAACAGCGGAUGCCGCCACUCAUUCUCGAGGCACGGUCUGAAAUGGAUAAGUACCUUUCAAACGAGGUGCCAUCCAUCCCAAUGAUAGCAGACAAGAAGUACCGCCGGGAGAGUGCCUCCGUGGUGGAUGAGUUCUUCUCCACAGAGAAGCCCACUUCUACGCCGUACAGCGUGAACAUCAAUGUGAUUCUGCCAGACACGACGCACCUGCGCACUGGACUUUACCGGCCACCCAAAUCCAUGACGCCAUUCCCACAGAUCAAAACAGAGCCCGGCACCAGCUUCGCCCAGCCCUGCUCUUCUGCCUCCGGCUCCACACAGACCCUGCCUGACUUCACCAGCGUCUUCAGCAUGCCCCAGUCAGUGGCAGUGAACAACAUCUUCAUCAAGCAGGAGAUGCCCUCUGAGAUCCCCUUAUCCACCAAUCCACAGCAAUCCCAGCUUUACCAGAUGCCUCUUGGCAACGGAAGCGCUGACAUUACCACUCUGACGUCCUCCUCCAACAGCACCACAGCCAUCAACAGCCUCAGUGGUGUCACCAUGUCCACAGGUAACACCAUGUCCAGUGUGGUCCACAGACCUGUCCAGCCAGGAGGGCCAGUUAAGCAGUACCCACAUGUCUCCCAGGGACAGGGGAACUUCAACAUCUCAGGGCAGUUCUACGCUGUUCCAGGGGUGAACCUGCCCCCUUCACCCCCCAACUCACAGCCUGGCAGCCCAGAAAAUCAACCCGAGCUCAUCAACACCAUCUCUCCCCCACCAUCCUAUGAAGCCACUUUUGGACUGAAGUUGGUCCAGUCAUCCCAGGUUCCCCCAGUCCCCAAUGGCCUUGGGACACUCUCCCAAGGGCACAUUGUCAUGCAGCCCCCCAAAUACAACAGACGCAACAACCCUGAGCUGGAGAAAAGGAGAAUCCAUCACUGCGAUUACCCAGGUUGCUCAAAAGUUUAUACCAAGAGCUCCCACCUGAAGGCACAUCAGAGGACUCACACAGGUGAGAAGCCCUAUAAAUGCACAUGGGAAGGCUGCGACUGGCGCUUUGCCCGCUCCGACGAGCUGACCCGGCACUACCGGAAGCACACGGGUGCCAAGCCCUUCAAGUGCCUAGCCUGCGGCCGGUGCUUCUCCCGCUCCGACCAUCUGGCUCUCCACAUGAAGCGGCACCAGAACUAG